CCCAAGCCCGAGAACGCCAUCACCAUCGCGGUGUCCUCGCGCGCGCUGUUCCGCAUGGAGGAGGAGCAGAAGAUUUACAACGAGCAGGGGGUGGAGGCCUAUGUGAAAUACCAGCUGGACCACGAGAACGAGCCCUUCCUCCCCGGGGCUGCCUUCCCCUUCGUCAAGGCGCUGGAGGCGGUGAACAUGAAGCUGCGUGAGCUCUACCCCGACAGCGAGGAGCUCUUUGACAUCGUCCUCAUGACCAACAACCAUGCCCAGGUUGGGGUUCGCUUGAUCAACAGCAUCAACCACUACGAUCUGUUCAUCGAGAGGUUCUGCAUGACGGGAGGGAACAGCCCCAUCUGUUACCUCAAGGCCUAUCACACCAACCUCUACCUCUCCUCCGACGCCGAGAAAGUGAGUGGGGCCAUUGAAGAGGGGAUCGCUGCAGCCACCAUCUUCAGCCCCAGCAAAGACCUGGAAGUGUCGGAGAACCAGCUGCGGGUGGCAUUCGAUGGUGAUGCUGUGCUCUUCUCUGACGAGUCGGAGCAGAUUGUGAAGGCUCAUGGCUUGGACAUGUUUUUUGAGCAUGAAAAGGCUCACGAGAACAAGCCUCUGGCACAGGGACCCCUGAAAGGCUUCCUGGAGGCCCUGGGGAAGCUGCAGAAGAAGUUCUAUUCCAAGGGGCUGAGGAUGGAAUGUCCCAUUCGCACCUACCUGGUCACUGCCAGGAGCGCGGCCAGCUCAGGAGCCCGGGCACUAAAGACUCUGCGCAGCUGGGGCCUGGAGACGGAUGAGGCUUUGUUCCUGGCUGGGGCUCCCAAGGGGCCGCUGCUGAAGAAGAUCCGUCCUCACAUCUUCUUUGAUGACCAGAUGUUCCAUGUGGAGGGAGCCAAAGAGAUGGGCACCGUUGCUGCCCAUGUCCCCUAUGGCAUUGCCCAGAAGCACAAGCGGCCGGCGCAGGAGAAGCAAACCCCGAACAGCAAGUAGUGGAGCUGGCUGGUCAGCACAGCUUCACCCGUGCACCACACUCUGACCAGGGCUGGGGUCUCGAGGCACAGAGUGUUUGCCCUGCGAGCACGAGGUUAUUCCCACCGGGAGCCGUGCUGGGGGCAUGGAUGGAGGAAGGGGCUGAUGAAAGGCUUCCUUUUGCCUCUGUAUUAUUGCAAUGUCUUGGCGUUGUCCCUGUUCCCGGGCAGCCCCAUGAGCCAUUUCCCCUUUCCUCUGCACUUGCUUCAGGCAAACCCCCUGGAGGAUGGAUCCCUCCUUUUGUGCACUGUUUAUACCAGGUUUAAUUUAUUGGUGUUUCUUUAAAACCCCAGGUGAUUCCCAAAGCCUUGACUUACAAAGCAAAUGUUCAGGCCGAGCUGUUGAACUGGAAAGUUGGGAGCGCACAAACCCCCUUCUUGCAGCUUUGAAACCAAAUAUUGCCCUUUUUAACUAGAAUUCCACCAUAAUAUUGUUCCUUCACAGGGCCAGCCCCUCCUCCCCAGCCAGAAAAUCUUUCCUGUCUUUUCAGCAAGGUUUUUGUCAGCUGAGCAGCUUUCCUUUCAUG